GGUUACAAAAUAUUUCCAUUACAAAAUCAUCACCAUUUAUACUUUAUUGUUACAUAAAAAACAUGCCAAAAUAACACAAACCAAGACCAUCCUCCUUGUAUGCUUUAUGCAGAAUUUGCCAUGCCUGGAUAAGUCUUGUUGUUGUCUAUUAAUGCUGCCAAAAAUUGUCACAAAACAGGCCAAACUUCUCAUUAAAACAAUCCCAAAACUCUGUAAAAUCUGCCAAAUUUCCAGCCAUGCUACAACACACAAAUUUGUCCAAAAUAUUAUUUUCCAUUCUGCAUAUCAUCCCUGCAAAAGACAGAUUGAAAUUUGCAUAAUACACCAAGAAAAUCAGUCCAAACAGAAGCCUACCAAUAGUCCAAAACCUGCUAUUACUGCCAUGCCCAAGUCUGUCCAUAAAGCCUGCAAUGCUACCCCUGCACCAACAGAGAACCAGUCCAAAAUUUACAAUAAAAGGGCACCACAAAAACGGCAGCAAAAAGGGUCAGAUGAGUACACCAUAAUUGUUCAUUAUAGCUCAUGUUUUCCCUCCAUUUUCAGGGGGACUCACCUUUACUGA